AUGUCUAGCUUUCCUGAAGCAGCCCUCUCCUCGUUGACCAAAGGUCUCAAUGCCGUUGUCGAGAAAUUGAAUGCUGGUGGUGCCGACGGGCUUGCUGCCAGCCUGAAACCAACGACGCGUACCCUACUUUCAAGCGCGGUACUCAUCGUGUUCCUCAGGCUUUACCUGAAGAAACGCCAGAAGAAAUCGAAAUACGUAACAAACCUCUCGAAAGUUGGGAAGCAAGUACCAGCCGGACAAGUCAACGCCCAGGGGUUGCCAGAGUAUGAUGUGAUUAUUGUUGGAGGAGGCACUUCAGGAUGUGCGUUAGCUGCACGUUUGUCAGAAGAUCCAAAUAUCCAUGUCCUCCUACUGGAAUCUGGAGGAAGUGGACGCGCUCUUCCAGACAGUCGCACUCCUGCCAGCUACACUAGACUGUACGCCAACAAAGAACAUGUCCAUAGUUAUUACACAGAGGCGCAAACGUCUGUUGAUGGCAAGAAAAAGUUCUGGCCACGAGCGCGCAUGCUCGGAGGAUGUUCGUCCAUCAAUGCUCAAAUGGCACAGUAUGGGGCUCCAGGCGAUUUCGACGAGUGGGCCGCCAUCUCAGGUGAUGACUCUUGGUCAUGGAAGAACUUUGCUCAGUACUUCCGCAAAUUCGAGAAUUACCAACCCCACCCCGACUAUCCCCUCGUCGACAAGUCUGUCAAAGGAACCAAGGGGCCAGUCCAUAUUGGCUAUUACAACUCCGUGUCGGGCUGGUGCAAUUACUUUAUUGAAUCAUGCGUAGCGGCUGGCAUCCCGUUCACGCAUGAUUUUAACGGUCCGCAAGGUACAAAUGGCGUUGGAAGAAUCAGUAAGGAUCAGGUUUUCUUCGAUCGUUCUGGAAUUAAUGCCCAAAUCAGUGACCUACUCGCGACCGAUGCAACUGUGACUCGAGUUAUAAUCGACCAGACCCCCGGAGAGCAGCGCAGGGCAAUUGGGGUGGAAUUCGCCAACACCGAGAAUGGACCACGGUUCCAAGCUAGAGUGAAGAAGGAUGUCAUUAUCUCAGCUGGAGCUGUGCAAUCACCUCAAAUCCUCCUCCUUUCGGGUGUCGGCCCCGCUGACCACCUCAAGUCGAAGGGUGUCAAGGUUGUGGAAGACCUUCCAGGCGUUGGCGCCAACCUUGUCGACCACCCUAUUGUCGACAUGUACUUCAAGCAAAGUGGUGUCGUCGCUGAUUUCUCUUUCCUGCGACCUGGAUCAAUCAGUGGCAUAUUCAAGCUCUUUGGUGCAUUGGGCCAGUACUACUUACUCGGGCGUGGUGGACCGUUGGCUAUGAACUGGGGCGAAUCAGCCGCGUUCAUCAGGACUGACAAUCCCACCUUGUUCCCGCCGUCGGAAUUCCCUGAAAAGCUGAUCGACAGCACCUCGGCGAAGGAUAGUCCCGACAUCGAGUAUUUCUGCACCUCCACGGCUUACAAAGACCACGGUCGUAUUUUCUUCGAAGGUAUUCAUACCUUCGCCAUUCAUGCAUACCUGCUCAGGCCGACGAGUCAUGGUCAUAUUCGGUUAAAUUCCUUGAAUCCCUUCGCGCACCCAAGCGUCAACCCCAACUAUCUCUCCACCCACGAAGACGUCGCGAAGCUUGUGCGGAGCGUCCGCCUGGGCCUGCGCAUCACGCAACAGGAACCUGUCCGCUCGCACCUCGACCAGAACUGCACGCGGCCCGACCUCGACCACCAGCUACACCUCAAGUCGGACAAGGAGAUCGAGGCGCUCGUCAGGGAGCGUGUCGAGACCGCAUACCACCCGACGUCGACCUGCCGGAUGGCGCCGCUCGAGCAAGGAGGUGUUGUGGAUAGUAAUCUGCGAGUGUACGGUGUACAGGGCUUAAGGGUGUGUGAUGCGUCGGUAUUCCCGUCGAUUAUUUCUGGCCAUACGGCUGGUGCUUGCUUCGCUGUCGCUGAGAAGCUUGCUGACGAUAUCAAAGCCGAAUAUGCGGCUGCCAGACGUUGA